GCAAGUAUGUUCCACGCUAUUGCUGUCAGAGUAGCAACGAAAUUUAUAAGCCUCGAAUUUCGAUUUGUUUCUUUUUCUUCUGAAUUGAAGCACAGGAUACGGAACAGAAAUUGUCUAGACGGGAUGGGGAUGCGAAAUUGAGAAACGUCCAGUUCACUCCAGUUUUGGUGUCUUCGCACUGGAGUCUCACCGAUUUGCAAUGCGCACUACAUUUGCGAGAUAUUGUUUUCAGUGAGAUUGGUGAGAUUGGCGAGAUUGGUGAGAUUGGUGAGAUUGUUGCGUGCUGGUGUAGCGACUUGGUGUCUGGUGGAGUUGUACACGUCAGUUCGUGGAGAAGAUGUCGACGGUGACGGCUGCCAAGAGGUUGAUUCCUUUGCUGGACAGGGUGUUGGUGGAGAAGAUUGUUCCACCAACAAGGACCGCUGGCGGCAUUCUUCUUCCGGAGACCACUGCUAAGCUGAAUUCUGGGACAGUCAUUGAAGUAGGAGCUGGAUUGAAGAAUAAGGAAGGAAAGUUGAUCCCUCUUGACGUGAAGAAGGGUGAUACUGUUCUUCUUCCGGAUUAUGGUGGUAGCCACAUCAAGCUUGAAGGCAGAGAGUAUGUCCUGUACCGCCAUGAUGACCUCUUGGGGAUUUUGGAGGAGUAAAGGCUCUGCACAGGGCUUUAAACCUCGGCCUUUCAGGUGGUAGCAGUUACUUCCUACGCUAAGCAUGUUUCUGAACGGUUGUGAAGAGGCUGUUGUAAAGCAGCGAAUUGAGACGCAUGUUUUCUUAUUUAGCUUCACUGACUAGUUCUCUGGUGCAGAUGCCACCUAAUUACUUGUGUCGGUGAACUGUGAUGGAAUUUUUGGAUUAGUGUAAUGGAGUUACUUGGGGGUGAUAUCUGCUUAGAGCCACAUGCCAUUUGCACCCUCUGUACCAGCCUUUUCAAGUUCGUAAUAGAACUGAUUUUCCUCGGCAUCAGUCAGAUUUUCA